AUGAAGCGUAAUCUUGAAAAUCAAAAUGAACAACAGGAAGGUAGUCCUUUAGCUUCACAUGGUAAUUACAAUUCAAGCAAAAAGAGGAUAUUGGAGAGUCGUGUUUCUGUUAAGGAUGGAGUCAACAAUAAUAGUAGUGGUGGUAAUAACGUUAAUACCGAUAUCAAUGUCGACUUUGAAUGUGACGAAACAACAAACUUACCUAAAGAUUAUGUUAAGGAAGCAAAAUUUGAUGAAUCACUAAAAAAACACGAAAUUGGCAGUUACUCAAUAAACCUUACAGAAUAUCCGUUACUAGCACCAGCACCACUCGGAACACCUCAUUAUUUAACUCAUGAACACUUGACAGCAAAAGAGAUUUAUAAUUUAUUGACUUUAGCAUUGCAGCAUAAAUACAAUGUCAAAUAUUUAAACAAAAGUUCAGGGCGUCCUUUAGAGAGUAAAACUUUAGCAAUCAUGUUUUCUAAAAGAUCUACAAGAACCAGAGUUGCUACUGAAACUGCCAUUAAUUAUCUUGGUAGUUGUGGACAACCAAUGUUUUUAGGAUCACAAGAUAUUCAGUUAGGAGUAAAUGAAUCAUUGAUAGAUACAACAAAAGUUGUCAGCAGUAUGGUGGAUGGUAUUAUGGCACGUGUCGGAUCUCAUAGUGAGAUUGAGUACCAUCCAACUCAAAUAUUGGCUGAUUUAAUGACUAUUCAUGAAGUAUUGGGACCUCAACCAACAUCCUUAUCACCAUAUGUGGCUCAUGCAACUCAUCCAAACAAAACAUUGCCAGGUCUUAAAGUUGCAUGGGUCGGUGAUGGCAAUAAUAUACUUCAUAGUAUGUUGGUAACCUUUCCAAAAUUAGGUAUAAAUUUAUCCAUUGCAACACCAGAUAAUUACAAACCAGAUGAAAAAGUUGUAGAGAUAGCCAAAAAAGAAGCAGAAGAAACAAAAUCAGAAUUGAUAUUUACAAACGACCCAAAGAUUGCUGUUAAAGGUGCUGAUGCUAUUGUUACUGAUACUUGGAUCAGUAUGGGUCAAGAAACAGAGAAAGCACAACGUAUAAAAGAUUUUGCUGGAUAUAAAGUAACUUCACAAUUAGCAAAAGAAGGUGGAGCAAAAUCUAAUUGGAAAUUUUUGCAUUGCUUACCUAGAAAACAAGAAGAAGUGUCUGAUGAGGUGUUUUACUCUUCAAAUUCAGUUGUAUUUCAAGAAGCUGAAAAUAGAAAAUGGACAAUUCUUGCUGUAAUUGAUGCUUUACUUGUAAAGAAAACGUUUGAUUUUUAA